AUGGCUCAGCUAGAUCACCCAGCAAGUUUCAAGCUCCUCAGCCUCUUCUCCCUAAUACCCCACGCGUGGGCAACCCUCUAUUCGCCCUACGCAUUCGACCCUCUCAAGCAUUUAGGCAGAGUAUCUCCAUAUUUCGAGCCCCGCGACGCUCAACCCUCUUCUCCAGACGCCCCACAAGGUUGCACGGUGACUCGCGCUGCUUACCUAUCUCGGCAUGGCGCUAUCAAUGUAAACGACGACGAUUAUGAGGACUGGAUCGAACCCUUCCUGUCGAAGUUUCAGAACCACACAGGCACCGACUGGUCCAAGAUACCGCCAUUAAACUUCCUAGCCAAUUACGUCUCUCCAUUCGCGCCUGGCGAAGAACCAGAGACGCCGACGAGGAUCGGCGAGUUGGAAUCCACACAGCUCGCUGCGGACAUCACCAUACGAUAUCCAAGCCUCAAAAUCCCCUCGCGCGUGUGGGCUUCAGCCCCGGACCGAACGUUCUUUUCCGGGAAGGCGUUUGUGCGGGGACUCCAAACCGACGACCACCCCAUCAACCUCGUUAGUGUCGUCGAGGGGCAUCAAGGUGGCGCUAAUAGUCUGGUGCCGUACCAAGCAUGUCCCGCAUACCACGAGGGAAACGAUGAAGCGAAAACUUACCGUGAGAUUUUCACGAAGCCUAUUAAGGCGCGCUUCAAUUCGCUUGCUCCUGAGUACAAUUUCACCACUACUGAUGUCGUCGGAAUGAUAUUGCUCUGCGGCUAUGAAUCUGUCAUCCGUGGUAACUCCCCAUUUUGCAACUUAGAACUCUUUUCGCCAGAUGAGUGGUUAGGUUGGGAGUACGCGGACGAUAUACGGUAUCAUUACGACGUGGGAUACGGUAACCCGUUCUCUGGCAUCAUCGGAUUUCCGUGGUUCAACGCCACUGCCGAGCUACUGAUGCGCGAAACUGCCGACGAGGAUUUGUAUGUGAGUUUUUCGCAUCGCACGCUUCCGUCUAUGGCGUUUGUCGCGAUGGGGUUAUUUAAUAACUCCGCGUUUGGAGGGACUGGUGCGGCAAUCAAUGAUACGAUGCCGUUGGAUCGCAUUAACCCUCGGCGGGCGUGGAGGACUUCUGAGAUCACGCCUUGUCUGGGAAAUUUAGCUAUUGAGAGAUUAGCCUGCAAAGGGAGUUACGGGUUCGAAGAUGGCGAUUAUUAUCGUCCGCUGGUGAACCACGCGCCGCAGCCAUUGCCGGGAUGUACCGAUGGACCAGGUGGAAGUUGUUCGAGAAGCGGAUUCGAGAGCUUUAUCGAAGAAAAGGAGAAAAUGUUUGGCGGGUUUUCCCAAAGGUGUCAGGUCGACUAUGAUAACAGUACGGAUUUCGUUUCUUUCUAUGAAUAG